ACCAUGUGGUUCCUGAUCCUGUUCCUUGCCCUGUCCCUAGCAGGGAUUGAUGCUGUGCCUCCUGUCCAGAAUCUGAUAGUUGGAGGAUUUAACUGUGAGAAGAACUCCCAACCUUGGAAUGUGAUUAUUUUCAGCUUCACCGAAGAUAAAAUAUAUCAAUGCAGUGGUGUUCUGUUGGACCUCAACUGGGUUCUCACGGCUGCCCACUGCUAUAAUGACAAUUACCAGGUUUGGCUGGGCAAAAACAACCAAUUAGAGGAAGAACCCUCUGCUCAGCAACAAUUUGUCAGCAAAAGCUUCCCUCACCCUGGCUUCAACAUGAGCCUCAUGAAAGUAGAUCACAGGCCACAUCGUGAUGAUGACUACAGCAAUGACCUGAUGCUGCUCCGUCUCAGCGAGCCUGCGGAAAUCACAGAUGUUGUGAAGCCCCUCGACCUCCCCACUGAGGAGCCCACUGUGGGGAGCAGAUGCCUUGCCUCAGGCUGGGGCAGCAUUACACCCACAGAGGAGUGUGAGUCUGAUGAUCUCCAGUGUGUGUACCUCAAGCUCAUGCCUAAUCAGAUCUGUGCCAAAGUAUACUUAGAAAAAGUGACAGAUGCAAUGCUGUGUGCAGGAGAGAUGGAUGGAAGCAAAGACACUUGCGGGGGUGACUCGGGAGGCCCACUGAUCUGUGAUGGUGUUCUCCAAGGGAUCACAUCAUUUGGGCCGAGCCCAUGUGCUACACCCAAUGUCCCAUCCAUAUACACCAAACUUAUUAUUUACAAAUCCUGGAUAAAAGACAUAAUGGCAAAUAAUCCCUGA